CGACCAGCCUAACUGCCGAUCCACACAAAAACCCCCCAAUGCUCCGAGGCCGGAGGUCCGUCGGAGCAGCGGAAAUCCCGUCAUCUUGUUUCCGGAACCUACAACGGGGUUUUGCCGAGAUCAGUGUCGUCAGAGGCACAGCUAUCUUCCGAGACCCCGCAUAGAUAGGGAUCAAAAUAUUGAACUUGUAACUUCAACAUACGAGGAAGACAGCGUCAGCCCAGUAAUACCAAUUUUUUUUUUCCCCUUUCGAAUUCGCCCAGAAUGGCCGCAGCUUCAUUCACGCGCCUCGUGCGCUUCGUGCCUAAGUCGGGCCCAUCGCGGAUCCUCAUCGGCCAGCCCGUCAAGCCCGACGUCGACGUCGGCCUCGCCGUCCGCAGGGGCGAGGACGUGGCCGUCAGCGUCUUCUCCGGCGACUCGGUCCUGUCUGCGGGUACCGCCACCGGUGCCACCGAGACCAUCGACCGCAUCCUGUCGCCACUGACCCAGAACGAGGUCGGCACGAUCAGGUGCAUUGGCCUGAACUACAAGGAGCAUGCCGCCGAAGCUAAGAUGGCCAUACCGGAUACGCCCACCCUCUUUUGCAAGCCCAGCACGAGUCUCGCCGACCCGUGGCCGGCGCCGACGGUCCUCCCCAAGAUUACCCAGGUCGACGACUGCGGCGACUAUGAGUCCGAGCUGGCGGUCGUGCUCGGCAAGACGGCCAAGAACGUGAGCGAGGCCGACGCAAUGGACUACGUCCUGGGCUACACGGCCUGCAACGACGUGUCGAGCCGGUCCUCGCAGUUCUCACAGUCGCAGUGGUGUUUCUCCAAGGGCUUCGACGGCGCGUGCCCAAUUGGCCCGACCCUCGUGUCCAAGGACUUGAUCCAGGACCCCUCGAAGCUCCGCCUCCGUGGCCUCAAGAACGGUGAAGUCCUCCAGGACUGCGGCAUCGAUGACCUCAUCUUCAGCAUCCCCAAGAUAAUCAGCUUCCUGUCCCAGGGCACGACCCUGCCGGCGGGCACGCUCAUCAUCACUGGAACACCCGCCGGCGUCGGCGUGGGCCGGACCCCCAAGGUGACGCUGCGAGACGGGGACGAGUUUGCGGUCGAGAUCCUGCCGCAUGUGGGGACGCUUGUCAACGUGUUCAAGAACGAGGAGUAAAUGGGUUGUGUCUGUGUUUAAUUAUGUUUUUCUUUCUGGGAAAGGUACAGCUGUACUGGAAUAAGGUAAAUGCUCGUGCCAGCAAUGGAGAAUAGACGGACAAAUACGUGUAAAAGCGACGCCCUUGAUAUUAUUGAUAACAUAUCGGAAGCGUGCC